UUGGAUAAAUUAGCUAACAAACGACUAGCUAGCAGCAGUUAGCCGACAGCUCCCGUGUCCAGCUCGGAGUAUAUUUACAACCGACGUGGGGUUUUUAUUUUUUUAUUUUAACUCUCCAGAGUCAAGUUGGAUUAAAUACAUUUCUCGGAAACGCUCGCGGAGUUCACGGCACUGAGGCGCGUAACUUUGGCGAAAGAUAAAGGCUCGUGUCGGAUGAGGAAAAUGUUAGUUAGCUAACUUGUUUACAGUUAGCCUAGCGCAACGUUUAGCAGCUCUUAAUGUUUGUGUAGACAUUUUAUUUAGUUGCUAACGUGGAAUGCAUAUGCAUAAAUAAGACUGUAAUGAAGUACGUCAAGCGUAUGACACAUUAACAGACCAAUAACAUAUGUCAGCGAGAGUCAAACGCGUGGACUUCGAUGGGACUCGUUCAUAAAGCAUCUGGGAAGCGGCUCGGUCACACGCAGAGGGGGGUGCGUUCAUCUUCGGACAGCCUCGCCAAACGCCUCGCCUUUAGUCAGUAGUGCAGAACAUGCAAUGCCCCUUCGCAGUGUGAUCAGUUAGGCAGGCAGGGAGGAGACGGUCGGAGUCGUUCAGGUCGCCAUGGCGAGUGCCCUGGCCGCCAAGUUGGGCUUCAACUCGCUGAUGAGGAAACAGGCGAGGAGCUUCAACGUGAGGAUCUGCACGAUGGAGUCGGACAUGGAGUUCAGCUGCGAGUUCAAGUGGAAAGGAAAAGACCUUUUCGACAUGGUCUGCCGGGCCCUGGGUCUGAGGGAGACGUGGUUCUUUGGGCUCCAGUACAACAUCAAGGACACAGUUGCGUGGCUGAAGAUGGAGAAGAGGGUUCUGGAUCAGGAGGUACCAAAGGAGGAGCCCAUCACCCUUUACUUCCUGGCAAAGUUCCACCCUGAAAAUGCAGAGGAGGAGCUGGUGCAAGAUAUAACGCAGCAUCUCUUCUUCCUACAGGUGAAGAAGAACAUCCUCGAGGAGGAGAUACACUGUCCGCCUGAGGCCUCAGUGCUGCUGGCCUCUUACGCUGUCCACGCCAAGUACGAAGACUACGACCCCAACGUUCACAAACCUGGCUUCCUGGCUGAGGAGGAACUGCUGCCGAAGAGGGUGAUUAACUUGUACCAGAUGACUGCGGAAAUGUGGGAGGAGAGGAUCACAGCGUGCUAUGCGGAGCACAGGGGCAGGACGAGGGAUGAAGCCGAGAUGGAGUAUUUAAAAAUAGCUCAGGACCUGGACAUGUAUGGCGUCAAUUACUUUUUAAUCAGGAAUAAAAAGGGAACGGACCUGCUUCUCGGAGUGGACGCCCUGGGCCUGCACAUCUACGAGCCGGACAACAGGCUGACGCCCAAGUGCUCCUUCCCCUGGAACGAGAUCCGCAACAUCUCCUACAGCGACAAGGAGUUCACCAUCAAACCUCUGGACAAAAAGACCAAUGUUUUCAAGUUCAACUCUUCACGGCUGAGAGUCAACAAGUUGAUCCUUCAGCUGUGCAUAGGGAACCAUGACUUGUUCAUGCGCCGGCGGCGGGUCGACUCGGUUGACGUGCAGCAGAUGAAGGCCCAGGCCCGAGAGGAGAGGGCCAGAAAGCAGGUGGAGAGACAGCGUCUGCAAAGGGAGAAGCAGCUGCGGGAAGAAGCAGAGAGAGCCAGGGACGAGCUGGAGAGGAGGCUGAUGCAGCUGCAGGAUGAGGCUCACAUGGCCAAUGAUGCCCUGCUGCGCUCGGAGCAGACGGCGGACCUGCUGGCUGAGAAGGCCCAGAUCGCGGAGGAGGAGGCCAAGCUGCUGGCCCAGAAAGCCGCUGAGGCCGAGAUGGAGAUGCAGCGCAUCAAGGUGACGGCCAUCCGAGGUCAGGAGGAGCGGCGGCUCAUGGAGCAGAAGAUGCUGGAGGCGGAGAUGCUGGCCCUCAAGAUGGCCGAGGAGUCGGAAAGGAGGGCCAAGGAGGCCGAGCUGCUGAAACAGGACCUGCAGGAAGCCCGCGAGUCGGAGCGCAGGGCAAAGCACAAGCUGCUGGAGAUCACCAGCAAGGCCAUGUACACGUCUCCCGGACUCCCGGCCGGCAGCAUGCCCCCCGACCUGAGCUUCAGCAGGGAGAACCUCAGCUUUGACUUUAAAGACACGGACAUGAAGCGCCUCUCCAUGGAGAUCGAAAAAGAGAAGGUCGAGUACAUGGAGAAGAGCAAGCACCUGCAGGAGCAGCUGAAUGAGCUGAAGACGGAGAUCGAAAGUCUGAAGAUGAAAGAGAGAGAGACUCCUCUGGACAUCAUUCACAACCAAAACACAGAGCAGGGGACCAGCAAGCACAGCAACUUUAAAAAGCUAACACUGCAGAGCACCAAGACCAGAGUGGCCUUCUUUGAAGAGCUGUAAGCUACAUACAGAUGAAGACGGGGGGACGCACGACAACAACCUCUCGUUUCAACAUUCCCGGUCAGUGUAAAUGAUCGACAACACUACAACGCCUUAUCUUAUUUUAGCCUUAUUCCACUUCCUGGGAACCACUACGAAACACAAAUGAACCAAAAAAAAAACGACCACUGCCUUGAUCUGCGCCAACUCCAUGGGGCCUCGUGUGUUUGCACAAUGAAAGGAUCCACGUACCUGCAUAAUGUUUUUGUACUAAAUCUGGGAUUUUUAUUAAAAAACAAAAGUGUGUGUUUACAGUGAGUGAGUGAGUGGGUGAAAUACAGAACAUUCCCCUUCAACAUUUUGAAGUGAACUUUUGCGAAAAGGGAAGAAGAAAAGAAGAAGAAGAGUGGUGUGAUGUGAUCUUUGACGACUCCUGUUCCACUGUGGGCUUAAACGACAGACAGUAUUUGUUCCGUUCACAAUGGUUAUUAUAUCACAUUCAAAAUGAGGCUGACCUACAUUAGCCGAUUCGCUGUUUUUUGAAAUUCAAGCAGAGCAGUUGAACAAGAGACUGAGUGAUCGUAUGGCUGAUACCCCUGACCCAGUUGCAGUAUGCACAGUAGUUUACUGUAUCCUUCUGCUUAAAUCCUGACCACUUUUUUCAUUCCAUUUUUAUUCUACAGUUUCCUUCACACGACAUAUUUUUUGUUUGCUUAAUAAGUUUCAUGCUGCCUUAGUUUUUCUUGUUGCUGAAUGUUCGAGCAGUGAAAACGUGAUUUUUUUUUUUUGCCACCCUGCAUUUUGAGAGCCAUUUUUUUUUUUGCCGGUAUAUGCAGGGAAAUGUAGGACGAGUGUAAAACAAGAGGACUAUAAGAACUUAUGUUUACGUCUUGUAUACGCAGAGACGUCAUGUUACAUAUCUCGGUGCUGCCUCCGGCGGGUGAUUAGCGUGUCCGUACCCUACGCGAGGCACAGAGUGCACUAUGCUCCGCCGUUAGAAGUGUUUAUUAGAAUCUGAACUGGAUGAAGGAACCGUGAUUUUUUUUUCUUCCAUUUUUUGUGUUUUGUGUGUGAAUACAACCACUUUUUGGAAAACAUGGCUUUGCAUCUAUUUUGAAUUAAUGUGUCUUUUUUUUGAACUAAUGAUCUCUUUCCCUUUUGAAAGAAAUUUUGGGGGGAAUUGUAGGAAUAGGAAGCAGUAUUUAAAAUACAACCUGUGGUGAAGUUACUGUACCUAUAUUUCUACAUAUACAUUGCGACAGAAAUGUAUGUUUUGCCUGUAAAAUAAAUGAAUAUCAGGUCUGA